UCGUUGGGCGGACCGCGUGACGUAUAAAAGAGCAGGACUGAUUGCAGCACGAUUACAGUGCAAGAGAACCAACAAAGCGGCGUGCUUUGGAACCAGUCGUAUACCCGGCAUGCAUCCAAGUUCCAUUUAAUUCGUGAAUACUCCGUCGACGGAAUGAACGUCUUAGGGAUAGGGUGGUACACCCUUUACGCGUUCAUCUGCGUUUGCGUGCAAUUAAUCAAUGCACGAGGUAUCAGCGUGUACGUAAUCAAUCCGAGAAUCCACGAUUUAAGAGCGAUCGAGAUGGAACCUAUUUACGGACAGAUAGCCAAGUAUCCUCCUCAUUUUAUGGGUAAGAAACUGAUUCCGAUAAAGGAGCCCCGGCCGAGCAGGAAUCUCGCUCUGCCUCUGGAACCGGAUGCCGAGAUGCUACCAGCUCACUACGAAAGAGUGAAACCUCCUGGAGUCGACCAUAUGGAAUUAAAAUACGCUGAAACACAGAUUGUAAAAGACAUUCCAAAGAUUCAACCUUCGAAAGCGCCUGCUCAGACUAGACGCGCUCAACAAUCAUCCGAAAAGCAAAGAUCAGAGGCUAAGAAUGAUAAAAACGAAUCUCAGAAGACGGUUUCUGUUGAGAUCAAAGAAACAGGCGAUGAUCUGACGGAGAAGAAGAAAGUCGAGUAUGUCGAUGCUGCAGGAAGGAAGAAGGUUCAUGAUGAUCAUGAUCGCGUUUCGAAACAUCAUACAGAGAAGAGUAAGAGCGCAGACGAUGUUUCUCAUGCAGCAAAGAGUAACGAUAAAGUGGACCGCGUGGCGACUGGUUAUCGCAAUAUUUAUCAUAAGGACGAGUACAAAAAGAAUCACGAUUUCUAUGAUAACGAUGACCAUGGUGGGCAUUCGAAGCAACACGGACGAUACAACGAAAGACACGUCUCCACCGAGGGUACGUUUAAGAAGGGUGACUCUCAUAGUGGUAGCUUCGACCAGGGCGAACUUCAGAAAGAGAAAGGGGCAAAGAACUCCGGGGCGAACGGAAAAACCAAAGGUCACGAUGGAUUUGUUUAAAACUUUCAGGGGUUCGCCAGGCAGAAACAAGGGUGAAAGAUUUCGCUUGGUCGAAACGAAAUAGCGUUAGCUUUCUGUUAUAAUAAAACACGAAGCAAAGCGACGAGGGGUUUGUUUGUUAAUGUAAUAAUCUUGUAAUUGCUGUUCGUUAAUUUCUCAUUCGUUCAUUUAAUCCAUUGCUCGUAUGUUGACGAGAGUGCUUGAUACAAUUGCAAUGUAUACGUAUAAUAUGAUCGAGAAUAAUUGCAUGCCCCAUGGUAGAUUGUUAACGUAAUUUGUAUAGUGACUCAUUAACCGGACACACUGAUGGUCAAAAUAAUUCGAGAAUCAUCUGUGGAAAUGACUUCAUCAAUUACUCCAAUUCGACGGAAAUAAUUAUCAUGCGAAAUUAUUUUUGAUAAGACCCCUUUUAUCGUUCGAUGGAAACGGUGUCUCUUGUUAAUUCUAUUAUCACUAUUCAGUGGGUGUCGAUACUUUAACAAUACAAUUUGAUAUCAAUACCAGUAAUCUAUAUAAAUGACACCGACGUUGGUGAUGGAAUAAAUCUAAUACAGACUUAAUAAUAUUAAUAAAUCUCGUUUAUUUAACCUUUGAACAACGUUGGCGCAUCAAUCGUGGCUCAAAACUACGAAACGGUGCUUUGACUAAAAUUAGGCGUUUUAAAAAUUUAUAAAAUGAAAAAGGUUAAAUCGUUAUCUCACUCCUUUAUUCCUUCGACCCACAUACGCGCACAAAUAUGAGCGUAUAAUUUGUA